AUGGCAACCGGUGGGCUGACACAGACAGUGGAAAACCGAAUUUACCUUUUCCGGUUGCAAAUACUCAUUAUAGAUGGAGGCCUCCUGGUUUUGAGAAACAUACUAGACCAGUCCCUGACUGCAAAAGGCAUAACUCUAAGUGUAUGUUUGAAUCACGAAAAGGCGACAAUCACACGUUUGAAAAGCCGUGGCGUUAUAACACAGGUACAAUAUGAUCAGUUGUUUCCAACAGUCGGCCAAGUUCCAACUACGUCGACUAUGGACAUAACGCUGAUGAUUUGUCUUCUUAGAUACCUGAAGAUUUUUGGAUUGAAUAAGAACUUUGACUGGAAGGCAACACCUUUAUCAACCGAUGUAACAGUUGAGGCAGAUAUAUGUCGGUUAAAAGCUUUCCGUAAUAUGGAGACUUUACUUGAAUCACUUUUAAGUGACGGAUUAUUACAAGUUGAUAAGGUUGUUAACCAUAUAUCAAAAACAACUUUUAUUCAGCCAAAUGACUUUGUAACUUGGUGGAAUGACAUAGAGCAGAUACUUGUUCGACGAAGUUCUUCAGCUCUGAAAAUUCAGCAAACCAUUAACGAUUUCAAAAUCUGCUCUCUCGACCCAGAGGAAGAGAAAAGGGUACAAGAAGAAAUAAAAAAGUGGAAGGACUAUGAAGCCGAUGUUGAUCAAUUGAAAGAAGACAUGACAUAUGUAAAAGAAAGAGUAACUAAAGUGGAGAAAAACCAAGAGGAGAUAAAACGACAACUUGGUGAAGGUAAAUUGGAGGAAGACAUGACAUAUGUAAAAGAAAGAGUAACUAAAGUGGAGAAAAACCAAGAGGAGAUAAAACGACAACUUGGUGAAGGUAAAUUGGAGGAAGACAUGACAUAUGUAAAAGAACGGGUUACUAAAGUGGAGAAAACCCAAGAAGAGAUAAAACGACAACUUGAUGAAGGUCUGUUAUUUGAUGCUUUUUGUGUCUAUAUCAGAAUUAAAAUUGAUUAACACCGUUAAAAUGUGUUGACGAUAAUGCUUAGAGGAACAAAGAAAACAUGUUUCAUUUAAUUACAGACUUGUGUAGUGAAACGAAAUAUCAUACUGUUCAAAACAGAGCGAUGCAAAAUUAUGCCCAUGAAUUAAGAAGGAAAAUAUCA